AAUAAAAACAUCUUCUCUAAGGCAACCAAUGAUAUCUUCAAGAUAAAAUGGUCUGAAACAACCAAACAAAUGAAAAUGUCAUACUUCUAUAAACCAAAGUCUAUAACUAAAAACAAACAAAUGAAAACUGUCAAAAACAUCUUAUGAGUUUCUAUACCCAAUCUAUCUAAUCUAUUUUUCUCUUUUUUUUUCUGAGGUAGCUUAUCAACGUAAUCAUGCACUUAUUCCACCAGAGAAGCAUACAAAAACCCAGUGGUCCAUGACCCAACUUUACUUCACCUUUUAGACACUUCAAAAUGCUUCAACCUCGUCAACAAUAUCACCAAGUCUCAUUCCUCAACAUUUCUUAGCCUACAAGAGCUUCCAAUAAGACUAGAGCUUUAAGUUUCUCUCCAGAAAUGGAGGGCAAAAAAGCACAAGGACUAGGGUAUCUGAAAAAGAAGGCUCCUAUGUCAACUUACCAUGCGGAUGAAGAAUUAGAGAAUGAUACUGAUGGAGAAGAGGAAGUUGAGAGAGAGGAAGAGAAGAGGAAAGGAGUGAUGGAUAGGUUUAAAGGAUCUAGCAGCAACCGUGUCUCAUCGCGGCUUUGUCAAGUAGAUAGAUGCACAACUGACUUGAAAGAGGCUAAACAGUAUCACCGGAGACACAAAGUGUGCGAAGUUCAUGCAAAGGCAUCUUCUGUCUAUCUCGCAGGCGUUAAACAACGCUUCUGUCAACAAUGCAGCAGGUUUCACGAGCUCCCAGAGUUUGAUGAAGCUAAAAGAAGCUGUCGGAGACGCUUAGCUGGACACAACGAGAGGCGGAGGAAGAGCUCUGGUGAGAGUUUUGGAGAAGGGGCUGGUGGUCGAAGAGGAGUAACUAGUCAGGUGAUGCAAAAUCAAGAAAGAUCAAGGGUAGAGAUGACACUUCCUAUGUCCAACUCAUCAUUCAAGCGACCACAGAUUAGAUAGAUAGAGAUGCUGUUGGCUCUCUCUCUCUUCUGUCAUCUAAAAUAUCUCUAAGAAUCUGAAAUUGUGGUACCUAUUACAAUGUUAAAAAUCAGCUGAGUCAUGGUAUUGACUCCUGGUAUAGUAUAGAGAAAUAAGUAAUAACUACCACUCCUCCAUGUAUUUAAUGGAUAUGCUAAGACUUUGGCUUAACCUUAUUCUACAUAAGUCUAGUGUGCCAUGUAUGUUUUGAAGAUGAUUUGUCAUGCUAAUUGGUAAAAGGUUUUCAAUACAUA